AUGCCAAAAAAGAGCAACACCAGUAAACAAGAACCAAAAGAAAAAGUGGAAGCACCAGUCACCCCACCUGCACCAGUUAAGUCUGUUGAAGCCGACGAACCCAAAGAGAAAUGUAAACCAGAAGAACCUCACACUGAAAAGUGUUGUCGUAAACGCCAAAUGCCGGACCCCACAUCGAAACGCUCCAAAAAGCGUCGUAUGCAAGAGAUGAAAGCAAAGCAACCAUCCAUCUGUCUUGAAUUCUUCCGCAGUGGAAAGUGCACCCGUGAGAAUUGUAAGUACUCUCACGACAUUCAAAAAUUCUUGAAUGAACGCACCGACGCUUUAGACACCGUCUGCCCACUUUACGACUACUUUGGAAAGUGUCAGAGUGGCUUAACAUGUCAAUGGUAUAAGUCGCACACUACUGAAGACUUCAAACAGAUGACGAAGGAAAAGAAGAUGAAAGUCCACCCCAUCUUACCAGAACUUAACAAACAAGACCCACCUAACAUUCACCUCUUACGUAAAGGAGAAUACCUUUUCGACAUCCCAACAACCUUCGAAACUCCUUCCAAAAAGCUUAUGACUAUGGAUAACAAACUCAUUCUGCCAUCGCUGUGUACCUUCGGCAAUUUGCCUUUCAGAAAGACGGCAAAGCGAUAUGGGUGCGACGUCACCAUGUCUGAGAUGGUGAUGGCAAACGCCCUUGUCGAAGGGAAUAAGAGUGAUUGGGCUCUUAUUCGAAAAGACCCGUUGGAGGACAAUUUUGGUAUUCAGUUGUGUGUUGGCAACCCCGUUGAAUGCGCGAAGGCGAUUAGUUUAUUGAAUGGAUUUGACUGUAACUUCUAUGAGCUCAAUUGUGCGUGUCCCAUUGAUUUAGUUUGCGACACUGGGAUGGGUGCACGACUGUUGGAGCGACCAAAGAAGAUAGCGGGUUUGUUAGCGGCAGCUCGAGGGGUCACGGAGCGUCCCGUUGCACUAAAAGUUCGCACUGGGUGUGAUGAGAUAACUAUAGCCAAGAAUUUAGUGCCAUUUGUCGAAGACUAUGGAUGUGGGAUGUUAUCGAUUCAUGGGAGAACUCGAAAGCAAAGAUACACUAAGAGUGCGGAUUGGGAUUAUAUUCAGACGUGUUGUGGAUUGACUCAAUGCCCUGUUGUUGGUGUUGGUGAUAUUUAUACGUAUGACGAUUAUACAAAAGCUAUGAGCACUGGAGUGAAGUCUGUUGCUAUAGGAAGAGGUGCUUUAAUGAAGCCAUGGAUCUUCACUGAAAUUAAAGAGAAGAGGAAUUGGGAUAUCACUUCAAGCGAGAGAAUCGAAAUGCUCAAACAAUUUGCUAUUGACGGACUGAACCACUGGGGAAGCGAUUCUAAAGGUGUCGGAACGACUCGAGAAUUCAUGUGUCAUCACCUCACUUUCAUGUCAAGAUAUGUCCCAGUCCACUGCUUGGUCGAUAAACAAAAGGAGAUCUCAAUCCAUUCAAAGUUCGAAGAAGGAAUGCAAUACAAAGAUGAGAUGGAGGAAUUACUCGCUUCCGACAAGAUUGAAAACUUGGUAAAAAUCACUGAAAUGUUCUUGGGACCAGCACCAAAGGAUUAUGUCUUUGUACCAAAGCACAACAGCUAUGCGAAGAAUUGA